AUAAAGAACUCCUUUUUCCCAGAUCGAGCUUCUUUCUUCUUCUUCCUCGAAAGCAUUAAGCAGAGCUUUAUCAAAUGAAAUCAAUGCAACAAGAAAAGAAAACGUAGAAAAAAACGAUGAAAAAGCCUCACUUUUUGAAAAAUCCAGUAGUUUUCCUACUUCUACUCAUCACUCUUUCUUCCCUAACUAUACUCAUCUUCUCAUUUCUUAAGUUACCGGAAACACCUCUUGCCGCCGGUAACCAUCUUUGCAAACAACGAAACGAGCUCACCGACGAACUCGGUUACUUCGGGAAGAUGAUGAUCGGAAUGCUACCCGAAGAUCUGGUAUUCACAGCCUUCGUACCGUCCGACAAAGCAUUUCGCCGAGAUCUAGGGCUGAAAUCGAACAACAGCCGACGGAUCAACUCCCUCGAAGACGACGACGGAGAUAACACAUACGCCGUCGUAUCGAGGAUCAUGGGUUUCGCGGUGGUUCCUUACAAAGUCGAAGAAGCUGACAUAAGGAACGACGAAACGGCGUCGUAUGAGUCGCUGAGUGGUUUUAAAUUGAAGAUAUGGAAAAAAGAGAGAAAUGGUGGUAGUGGAUUGGUCGUUAAUGGCGUCGAGACUGAGAAGGUGGGGUUUGUAAAGAGAGGGAAGACUAUAGUACACAUUAUGAAUGGUGUUGUAAUGGAUUCUGAUUUCGCACAGUCCUUUGCUUCUUCUGCUCCUCAAGAGGAUGAGCCAUAGACGAAGAAGACCACCAUCGACGACAUUAAUCUCAUGUAAUUUUGUUGUUAGCAUACCAAAGGAUAACAAAAAAAAUUAUUUAACUAUACAGAAAAUUAUGGACUUUAAUUGUUCAAUCAAACUUAAUUAAAUUGUUAUUUCGUUAUGUA